AGCAAGUGCAGCGCUGCCAACGGCGACGGCGACGCGGCAGCAGUAGGGGCUUUGUUUUGGCUUCACUUUUGGCCCAGCAGCUUCGACUUCAGUUCGAUUCGUGAUUCGUGACUCGUGGUUCGUGGCUCGUGGUUAGUGGUUAGUGGUAACUUAUUCGUGGUCCGCAGCUCUUGAGGCGCGCAAAGAAGUAAAUCUCGAGCAAUCUGCAGAACAGUAUAUGCAUCUAUCUAUUUGUUGUUAUUUUUUUUAUGUUUGUGUUGCUGUGAGUUUUGAAGUGAGCAGUUCUAGACUUGAGUGCUGGCAUACUAUGUGGCCACUGCCACUGGCCUCCGUGCUGCUGGCCCACUGAAGGAAAAAAAGAGUGCGAAAUAAAAGUUUGCGAGCAAAACAAUUACAACAACAAUAACAACAGCAACAGCAACAGCAGCCCCCAAGACGUCAGGCAACAAACAGCAGCAGCAGCAACAACAACAACAACCAGCUAUGCCUGGCCCGGCUUUGUGGUCCGGAAUUAUGACACUGAGCCGUGGCCCGUACAGCGAGCUCGAUAAAAUGAGCCUUUUUCAAGACCUCAAACUCAAACGGCGCAAAAUCGAUUCGCGAUGCAGCAGUGACGGCGAGUCCAUAGCGGACACGUCCACCUCGUCGCCGGACCUGCUGGCGCCCAUGUCGCCGAAGCUCUGCGACAGCGGUACGGCGGGGUCAUCACUGCCCCUCCCACUCACCCUGCCACUGCCCAUGUCGCUGCCACUGCCCAUGUCGCUGCCCCUGCCCCUAACGGCGGCAUCAUCGGCGGUCACCGUCUCGCUGGCAGCGGUCGUGGCGGCGGUGGCCGAAACGGGUGGAGCUGGCACAACAGCGGUGACAGCGUCGGGAGCAGGACCCUGCGUCUCCACGUCGUCCACGACGGCAGCGGCAGCCACAUCCUCCACCUCCUCGCUGUCGCACACGUCCUCCUCCUCCUCCUCCUCUUCGUCAUCCUCCAGCAACUCCUCCGCCUCGCCGACAGCUGGAGCCUCCUCCACGGCCACCUGCCCCGCCAGCAGCAGCAGCAGUGGAAAUGGUCACGGAAACGGAAGUGUGGGCAAAUGUGGCAGCAUUAAGCAGGAGCACACGGAGAUCCAUUCGUCGAGCAGCGCAAUUUCGGCGGCCGCCGCCUCAACGGUGAUGUCACCGCCGCCCGCCGAGCCAACGAGAUCCAGUCCAGCCACGCCCGAGGGAGGCGGACCAGCUGGCGCCGGCAGCGGAUCAUCGGGUGGAGGAGCCACCAGUGGCGGACCAACGGCUGGAGUGGCCAUCAAUGAACACCAAAACAAUGGCAAUGGCAGCGGCAGCGGCGGUAGCAGUCGAGCCUCUCCGGAUUCGCUGGAAGAGAAGCCCUCGACCACAACGACCACCGGUCGUCCAACGCUCACGCCCACAAAUGGAGUGCUGUCCUCCGCCUCGGCGGGCACGGGGAUUUCCAGCGGGAGCAGCGCUAAGCUGAGCGAGGCCGGAAUGAGUGUGAUACGCUCCGUGAAGGAGGAGCGGUUGCUCAACGUAUCCAGCAAGAUGCUGGCGUUCCAUCAACAGCGGGAGCAAGAGACCAAAGCAGCGGCAGCUGCAGCAGCAGCAGCGGCGGCGGGCCAUGUGACGGUUCUAGUGACGCCAUCGCGCAUCAAAUCGGAGCCACCGCCGCCGGCCUCACCAUCCUCCACAUCCAGCACACAAAGGGAUAGGGAACGGGAGCGGGAACGCGAUCGAGAGAGGGAACGCGAGCGGGACCGAGACCGAGAUCGGGAACGGGAGCGGGAGCGGGAACGAGAACAGUCCAUCAGCUCCUCGCAGCAGCACCUAAGCCGGGUCUCCGCCAGUCCACCCACUCAGCUGUCGCACGGCAGUUUGGGACCCAACAUCGUGCAGACACACCAUCUUCACCAGCAACUCACACAGCCGCUGACACUGCGCAAGAGCAGCCCGCCCACAGAGCACCUGCUCAGCCAGUCCAUGCAACAUCUCACCCAGCAGCAGGCCAUCCACCUGCAUCACUUACUUGGCCAGCAGCAACAGCAGCAACAGCAGCAACAGCAGGCAUCGCAUCCCCAGCAGCAACAGCAGCAGCAACACUCGCCCCACUCCCUGGUGCGGGUGAAGAAGGAACCGAAUGUGGGCCAGCGGCACUUGUCGCCGCAUCACCAGCAACAGUCGCCGCUCCUGCAGCACCACCAACAGCAGCAGCAGCAGCAGCAGCAGCAACAACAACAACAGCAGCAUCUGCAUCAGCAACAGCAGCAGCAGCAGCACCACCAGCAGCAGCCGCAGGCACUGGCCCUGAUGCAUCCCGCUUCCCUAGCGCUGAGGAACAGCAAUCGGGAUGCGGCCAUCCUGUUUCGGGUGAAGAGCGAAGUGCACCAGCAGGUGGCCGCCGGUCUGCCGCAUCUGAUGCAGUCCGCGGGUGGAGCAGCAGCCGCCGCCGCAGCAGCAGUGGCCGCCCAGCGAAUGGUGUGCUUCAGCAAUGCCAGGAUCAAUGGCGUGAAGCCGGAGGUGAUUGGAGGACCGCUGGGCAACCUGCGGCCGGUGGGCGUGGGUGGCGGUAACGGUGGUGGCUCCGUACAGUGCCCCUCGCCGCAUCCAUCCUCCUCGUCGUCAUCGUCACAGCUGUCGCCGCAGACGCCCUCCCAGACGCCGCCCCGUGGCACGCCCACCGUCAUAAUGGGCGAGAGCUGCGGGGUGCGCACCAUGGUCUGGGGCUACGAGCCACCGCCACCCUCGGCGGGUCAGUCCCACGGCCAGCAUCCGCAGCAGCAACAGCAGUCGCCCCACCACCAGCCGCAACAGCAACAGCAGCAGCAGCAGCAGCAACAGCAGUCGCAGCAGCAACAGCAACAGCAGCAAGCGCAGCAGCAGCAACAGUCGCUGGGCCAGCAGCAGCACUGCCUCUCCUCGCCAUCGGCGGGAUCACUGACGCCCUCCUCCUCCUCCGGCGGCGGUUCGGUGUCUGGCGGCGGAGUGGGCGGACCACUCACUCCCUCAUCGGUGGCGCCGCAGAACAACGAGGAGGCCGCCCAACUGCUGCUCUCGCUGGGACAGACGCGCAUCCAGGACAUGAGAUCACGGCCACACCCCUUCCGCACACCGCACGCCCUCAACAUGGAGCGUCUGUGGGCGGGCGACUACUCGCAAUUGCCGCCCGGCCAGCUGCAGGCUCUCAAUCUCAGUGCCCAGCAGCAGCAGUGGGGCAGCAGCAACUCUACGGGUCUCGGUGGCGUUGGCGGCGGCAUGGGCGGACGCAACCUGGAGGCGCCGCACGAGCCAACCGACGAGGACGAACAGCCGCUCGUGUGCAUGAUCUGCGAGGACAAGGCCACCGGCCUGCACUACGGCAUCAUCACCUGCGAGGGGUGCAAGGGCUUCUUCAAGCGGACGGUGCAGAACCGACGAGUCUACACCUGCGUGGCGGACGGCACCUGCGAGAUAACCAAAGCACAGCGCAACCGUUGUCAGUAUUGUCGAUUUAAGAAGUGCAUCGAGCAGGGCAUGGUGCUGCAAGCCGUUCGCGAGGAUCGCAUGCCAGGCGGUCGCAACAGUGGCGCCGUCUACAAUUUGUACAAGGUGAAGUACAAGAAGCACAAGAAGACCAACCAGAAGCAGCAGCAACAGGCCGCCCAGCAGCAGCAGCAGCAACAGGCGGCGGCGCAGCAGCAGCACCAGCAACAGCAGCAGCAUCAACAGCACCAGCACCAGCACCAGCAGCAGCAGCAGCAGUUGCACUCGCCGCUCCACCAUCACCACCACCAGGGCCACCAAUCGCACCACGCGCAGCAGCAGCACCACCCACAGCUGUCGCCGCAUCACCUGCUCUCGCCGCAGCAGCAGCAACUUGCCGCCGCGGUGGCAGCAGCUGCGCAGCACCAACAGCAACAGCAGCAGCAGGCCAAGCUGAUGGGCAGCGUGGUGGACAUGAAGCCCAUGUUCCUCGGCCCCGCUUUGAAGCCGGAGUUGCUGCAAGCACCACCCAUGCACAGUCCGGCGCAGCAACAACAGCAACAGCAGCAGCAACAGCAGGCCUCGCCGCAUCUCUCGCUUAGCUCGCAGCACCAGCAGCAACAGCAGCAGCAGCAGCAGCAGGGACAGCACCAAAAUCACCACCAGCAACAAGGUGGUGGUGGCGGAGGAGCUGGCGGUGGAGCCCAACUGCCGCCGCACCUGGUGAACGGAACGAUACUGAAAACGGCCCUGACCAAUCCCAGCGAGAUUGUGCAUCUGCGCCACCGCCUCGACUCGGCGGUCAGUUCGUCCAAGGACCGACAGAUCUCGUACGAGCACGCCUUGGGCAUGAUCCAGACGCUGAUCGACUGCGAUGCGAUGGAGGACAUUGCCACACUGCCGCACUUCAGCGAGUUCCUCGAGGACAAGUCGGAGAUUAGCGAGAAACUGUGCAACAUCGGCGAUUCCAUAGUCCACAAGCUGGUGUCGUGGACAAAGAAGUUGCCCUUCUACCUGGAGAUCCCCGUGGAGAUACACACCAAACUACUGACGGACAAGUGGCACGAGAUCCUUAUCCUCACCACGGCCGCCUACCAGGCGUUGCAUGGCAAGCGGCGCGGCGAAGGUGGAGGUGGUGGCAGCAGGCAUGGUUCGCCGGCAUCAACGCCACUGAACACGCCCACUGGCACGCCGUUGAGCACGCCGAUACCCUCGCCCGCCCAGCCACUUCACAAGGAUGACCCGGAGUUUGUCAGCGAGGUGAACUCGCACCUGAGCACCCUGCAAACCUGCCUGACCACGUUAAUGGGCCAGCCGAUAGCGAUGGAGCAGCUGAAGCUGGACGUUGGGCACAUGGUGGACAAGAUGACCCAGAUCACCAUCAUGUUCCGGCGCAUCAAGCUCAAGAUGGAGGAGUACGUCUGCCUAAAGGUCUACAUACUGCUGAACAAAGCAGAAGUGGAACUGGAGAGCAUCCAGGAGCGGUACGUCCAGGUGCUGCGAUCCUACCUGCAAAACUCGUCGCCGCAGAAUCCGCAGGCGAGGCUCAGUGAACUGCUCUCCCACAUACCCGAGAUUCAGGCUGCGGCCAGUCUGCUGCUCGAGAGCAAGAUGUUCUAUGUGCCCUUCGUGCUCAACUCGGCGAGCAUAAGGUAGCAGAUGCUUGAGCACGGACUGCUGCCCACCACCGCCAACCAUCAGUCGGCACCACAACCACCUGGUCCACAUCCGAUGCCGGAGCGGCAGCAGCAGCAGCAACAGGAGCGGCGUCGAAGCAGGCAGCAGCAGCACCAGUUGCUGCGCAACUUGCCCAAGAUCAAGAUCGAGAUCGGUACCCAGCGCGAUCCGGAGGAAGGUGAGUCGGAGCUAGAGCAGGAGCAGGAGCUGGAACAGGAGCAGGAGCAGGACCAUGAGCUGGAGCUGGAGCAAGAGCAGGAUGUGCCGUCCCGACCCUCCGCGGCAUCCACGUCCAUUUUGAAGACUUCACUGCUGAGCGGAGCGGCGGCCACGUUGGCCACCUUGACGGCGGCAGCCGAGCAGAUAGCCCGAUCCUCGGCCAGCUGCGACACUGCCAGGGAUUACUCCCAAAGCAGCAACAGCAGCAGCAGCAGAAGCAACAGCAACACUGCCACAGCAGCAACAGCAGCAAUAGGAACUAUGGCCAGCGGCAGGACAGGCAGCAGCAGCAACAGUUUAGAAGAGAGCAAAAGACUUGAGCAUCAACAACAACAAAAACAACAACAGCAACAACAACAACAACAACAACAGCAACCACAACAGCAUCAGCAGCAACAAUAUACAUCAAUACUACACACGGCCUUAAUGUCACAGCGUUCCAUGCCACCAGCGACAUCACCAGCAGCAACGCGAACGCCAACGCCGACGUUGACGACGGCAGCAACCACAUCGCCCACGCCUGCGCAUGUGCUGAAAACAGCGGUGACCUUAGCCAGUCUAAGUGAGAUAGCCACUGCACGUCAGCAGCAGCAGCAGCAGCAGGAGCAGCAACAGCAACAGCAGCAAUUGCUGGCAUUGCAGCAGCAACAGCUAACGAAACUGCCCCGAAGGAUAAUCAACUUUGGCAGCAACCACACUGCCAACACUGCCACCAAAGGAUUGGGAGUGCUAGCAGAAGCAGGUGGAGGAGCAGGUGCAGGUGCAGGAGCAGGAGCAGGAGCAGGAGCAGGAGUGGGCAUGGGCAUGGUCACAGCAACAGCAGCAGCAACAGUUGGACGCAGUCGUCAACUGGGCCUGAGUCAGGGUCAAGUGGUCAAUGCGAGGACAGCAGCACGCCUGCUCAACGGCAACUGUUGCGGCCGAUUGCAGGCGACAGCAGCAACAGGGGCCAGCAGGGGCACCAACACUGCCGGCAGCAACACGGUCAACAUACAAACUCAGACCGACGAUGAGUUGCUCCCACUGCUAGCCAUGCCCCCACAAGACGCUCCUACAGCAACAACAACAACAGCAGCAGCAGCAGUAUCACUAUCAUUAUCAGCCACAUCAUCAUCAUCAUCAUCAUCAUCAUCACCAUCGACGAUUUCAUUAGCAACACGUGCAGCAGCAGCAGCAAUGCAGCAGCAGCAACAAUGGACUGCCGUGUCGACGACGCCAGCAACAGGAGUGAUGAUGACGACGACGACGACACAACCACAAUCACAAUCACAAUCACGUGCAACAUUAGCAACACCAGAACAACAACAACAACAACAACAACAGCAACUAUCACUGCCACAACAAAAGCAACCGUUUAAUACGAGAAUGAACAGAAAAACAACAACAAUUACAACAGCCACCACAACAGCACCAACAACAACAACAGCAACAACCACACGAAACAGCAACAUCAACUUCAACAACAGCAACAAUAACUAUAUGAAUAACAAUAAUAUUAACGCCGCCACUGCCAGAGUCACUGCCUCUGUCUUCGCCUCCACCUCCGCCUCUGCCACGGCCACGCCCACUGCCACAGGUCCGCGCCAGCAACCGCCCCCGCCCCCGCGCACGCCCACAGCCACCUCAGCUUCUGUUACUGUAGUUGUGUUCAAAACAAUGUUACCUGAUGACUGAAUUAUUUUAGAAUCGUACACAUAGAGCAUGUUUUAUUAUGAUUACCACUAUGAUUACCACUUACGAUUUACGAUUACGAUUAUGAUUAUGAUUACGAUUACGAUUAUGAGUAUGUCAUGGAGAUCAUUAGACCUAUUAACUAUUCAUUAGUUAUGCAUUAUCGAUUAUUACUAUUUUUACUAUUACUAUUGCUACAUGCAUAAUGUAGAGCCUAAUUGAUCUAUCGUGUAUUUUAGUUUGUCUAAUUGUUGGAUCCCUGUACUAUAUCCCACACACACACACACACACACACAUACACACACUCACCCAUAUUUGAUCCUCACCCCUCGCCUACCCACCCAAACAAUCCAUACACACUCACACACACAUACACACACUUACUAAGGAAGGGUAUGCGCAUAUGCGAAGUUGAAACAUUUUAAUCAUGUAUUUUUUUUUGUGUUUUUGCUGAAAAGAGAUGAUGAAAGGAGAAAGUCGAGGAAGUCGAGCAACAGCAAUUCGAAGUGUUAAUUGAGUAGGAUUAUGAGUACGUAGCGAGCAUGUAAGGAGUAUGUAAUGACUAAGUAAAGUUUACGUAGACACAAUGCCACAUACAGCUAUAGCAAGCAUUUAGGAUGCGUGCAUAUGUCAGUUAUCUAUUUUUUUUUUAAACUAAAAUCUAUAUAAUGUAACGCAAGAGAGAGGAACGGAGAGCGAAGCGGGGCGGGAGAUUCAACCACAUAAAGUAUAAAUAGUAGAGCUUGAGCCAAGUAGCUAGUUUAGUGUACAUCCGUUUUUUGGGGGCAGGGAAGUAGAGCAAUUUGUCGACGAUACGGGGUUGUUGGGGGGUGAGCGGUAACGAAGAUCGGUAACGGAAGUGGAGACAAAACGGAACCGGAACCGGAACCGAAACCAGAACGGUAACGGUAAAUGACCGGAAACGGAAGCUGGACUGCCAGAUCGGAAUCACACAUCAACCAUUCGCUCGCAACUCUUGCAGAAUUAUACUGUUAGCUACUGUUAGUUAUCGAACCCAAAACGCCCAACCCACACACACUAUACCUAAGUUAAGAACGCAUAAUCACAUACUACACAUAAAUUACGCAUAGUACAUACAAGAAAGAGGAAUGAGAAAACGAGAAAA